CGAGUCUCACCGCCCAGCCCUUGACCCGCUAAACGCAGUCAAUGGGGCAGAAAAAUAAUUCAGCGGGGCAAAUAUUGAAACUUUCUACUGAAGGGAUUCUUGAACGAAUUCAACUACAACCUGCAGUGCAGCAGGCAGGACAAACGCAAACGAAAAAUUUAGGAAAAUUCUUGUCGAGCGAUUUAUAGCCACGUUAUGCAAUGCUUACUCCUACACAACUAAGGGUUGUUGCUCUAAAUCGUCCAUUGGCAAGGCUUCAUCCCGCUACCAGGAGUUUCGCCCCCAUCUUUGUUCGCGCAAAAGGUCUCUCAGCCAUUAUCCGAGGUGCGAUCAGGUCUGAACGAAUUCAAAAAGGCCCAGACAGCAGCGCCAAACAUGAUACCGGUCGACGAAAAGUUGGAGGAGGGCGCCUCACUCGUGUCAAAGAGCCCCCCCGUCGAGACGAGUUUUUCGAAAAGUUCAGUGCAAGAGCCAUUGACUCCGGCUUGAAAACAAGUGGCACACGAAAUUGGCGUCAGGAACAGAAGCUGAAGAAGAAGUUAAGGAAAAAAGAGGAGGAAAAGAAGGCACGAGAAGAGAGAGAAGAGCUAGGCAUAGGCCGCCGAACCAGAAGGAGGCGAUUUGCUGAUCCUGAAAACGAAUUUGGAAAUCGCAGCUUCGUACACCGAAUGAAAUAUGGCGAUCUCAAAGAGGUGGCCGAUAAUCUGAACAUAAAGCAACCUGUCCGGCCGCGAUCAUUCCGUGAAGACAAAAAGGAGCGAGCGUUUGGGUCCAGGGAUGGGGAUGAUGAUAUUGCACGAGACGAGCGACCUGGGCCAUCGAACGAGAGGUUCGAAAAAUCAAAUCAGCAAUUCAAUCGUUCAGAACGACGUCCUGAAGAUCCACAACAAAGUUUUGGUCGGUUCGACCGUCAAGAUCGUCAGUCAAAUCUCUCAGGUAGGUGGUCCAAUGGUCAAUUUGACGGAUCGCAGCAGCGAUUUGAUCGUUCAGAGCGUAGCGACUUUCGCCAUGACAACGCUCGAGAAGACCGACGGAAUGACCAGGGAGACGAUUCUGUCGAUAUUAAGCGUGGAAAGAAGAAAGAGAUGAUGGCCAUGACCCUCAAAUACACGACCGCUGCUUCACAGUUCCUAUACGGCCGAUCAGUUGUCAAGGCAGCACUGGAGCAGAACCGACGAAAGUUAUAUAACCUCUACAUCCACGCCAAUGAAAACCGAAAAUAUAACAAGGAUACUGUUACCUUGACACGAAUGGCGAAGAAACUCAACGUCUCCAUAACAAUCGUGCCUCCUGAAGAGCAACGGAUCAUGGAUAAGAUGAGCAUGGGACGACCUCAUAAUGGCUUCGUGCUUGAAGCCUCCCCUCUACCUCAAAUCCCCAUCAAGUCUCUCGGCAAGUUAGAGGAGAGUCCUGGUCGCCUGGGCUUUCACGUGGACCUUGAUCACCAAACCAAGGAAGAGGCAACGAUCAAUGGCACCGACACUUUUAUUCGACGAUCCAAUGAUGUGAUGCCCAAGCCCUUUGUCCUGCUGCUCAAUGAGAUUGUCGACCCGGGGAACCUGGGUGGUAUCAUCCGCACUGCUAGCUAUCUCGGGGUUGACGCUGUCGGCAUCACGAAUCGAGGGUCUUCCGCACUCACACCGGUUGUUCUCAAGUCCGCCGCCGGUGCAGUGGAGGAAGUUUCGCUAUUCGCGGUGGAUGAUCCUGUGACGUUCAUCCAAGACUCCCAGAAAGCUGGCUGGAAAUCAUACGCUGCGGUGGCGCCGCCUGAUCGCAAGCUUGUUCGAAAGCAUGGGAGCAAGUUCAUGUCAACAGACACGAUUGAGGCACAAAGCCCACUAAACGAACAUCCCUGUCUACUAAUUCUUGGUAAUGAGGGCUAUGGAUUAUCGAAAUCUAUCAAGGUUGCUGCCAACUAUGAGCUAUCAGUGCCUCGGUUUGUCCAAGGAAGCUGUGUGGAUAGUUUGAACGUCAGUGUUGCGGCAGGCCUCUUGUGUCAUUCCUUUGUCAAGGAACCUGUGGUUGUUGCACCAGAGCCGGUUGAGCCCUUGGCCAAUCUGGCAGAGUCGCAGGCCAAUUCUGACGAAGUAGAGAGCAGGACCAUAGCAACGGAGACUGGGGCGAAGCUCAUUGAAGCUGAAAGUGAAAAUUCCUCUGAAGAAAAGACGACUGGUGGGGAACCUGAAGAAGUCGAUGCUGCUACAGAAGCAGAGCAAAAGCAGCCUGACGAUCAAAAGCUCAAGGAAUCUGACGAUUUGGUGUUCUAAGAACAUUGAACUGGGCCUAAGUGCCGCGACUGUAAUAACUUAUGUACAACACGAUGCUAUGGGUGGCGCUUGGGUGUUAGGCAUUGGGGGCAUAGAAAUCAUGUACCAUCACGAUGUAUACUAGACGAAACACAUAGGAAAGGACAACGAUAUCUACCAAGCAAUUACAGAGAACUUGCUCGAUCA